AUGUCACCUACGCAGAAUCGAGUAAAUGGCGCAGACGAGGUUUACAUGAAACCAUCAACCAGGCUUCGAAAACUCAUUUCUCAGGAUGGUGUCUGUGUUCAAGCUCCGGGAGUAUACGAUGGCAUCUGCGCUCGCAUUGCCAUAGAGCAAGGUUUUGAGUACCAAUCUGGAGCAAUGACAACAGCAGCACGGCUUGGCAAAGCUGACUUGGCGUUUGCUUCGUUAAAUGAUUUUGCGCUGAAUGCUCAAAUGAUUGCCAAUAUUGACCCACGUGUACCGCUCAUUGCCGACGCUGACACGGGCUUUGGCUCUCCGCCAAAUAUUGCUCGCAUGGUACAGAUGUAUGAUCAAUGUGGGGUUGCCGGCUUUCAUAUUGAAGAUCAAGUGGCCAAUAAGAGAUGUGGCCACCUCGAGGGCAAACAGCUCGUUGAUAUGGAGACAUGGAAAUCUCGAAUACGAGCAUGUGUCCUGGGACGAGAAGCCAUCUAUGGACACAGCGACAUCGUCAUCAUAGCAAGAACAGACGCUCUGGCUGUAGAAGGCUUUGAGUCGGCUCUGAAUAGGCUUCUUGAAGCAAGGGAUUGCGGCGCCGACAUGGCCUUCCUAGAAGCCAUUGAAACAGAGGAGCAAAUCAAGCACGCUGUUCAGGCUCUGGCACCGAUGCCACUCAUGAUUAAUUGUGUCUCCCUGGGGAAAACACCUUGGUUUCCGCCCAAGAAGCUCGCUGAACUGGGUUUGGCCAUUUACCCUGGCGCAGCUGGCAAAACGGUCAUUCAUGCUAUUAGAAGGUCAUACAAGCUGCUGCUUGAGAAGGGCGAGGAUGAUGCUGCCACCAUGGGACUUGAACCGCGUGGGUUCUUUGAUGUUAUGGGACUGCAAAAAGAGAUGGAGAUCGACCGUUUGGCUGGCGGGAACGCUUUUGGGCAUAUGGCCUAG